CAUUAUGGUGGUCGUCGAGCUUGGAGAUUGCAAAACCGCUGGGGAGUAAUGGCCAGACAGUCAGGACCAUAAGCUUGGCUCCCUAGCAUCAAUAUAGGCUAUUUGUGCGCUUGGGAGUGCUGAGAAAGCCUUCAGGAGUUCAGGAGAGCUCGGCCAACACCACUCGACCUGAAGCUGCAUCGACGAGGCUGGAGCAAGACGCAAGCAAGACGCCAGCCGGCCAACAUAGACCAGCCCCAGCAGUAAUUGGCCUUGCCUGACACCACACCAUGUUGGCGGCCAGCGGGUCGUCGGACCCGACCAAGAUCCGCAUCCUCGGCGAGGACAGCAUCGUGGUCGACCAUGGCAUCUGGCUCGACUACGUGACUCACGACCUGCUCGCCAACAUCGCCUCGUCCACCUACGUCCUCAUCACCGACACCAACCUGUCCCCCAUCUACGUCCCGUCCUUCGAGGCUGUCUUCAACGAUGCGCUGGCCAAGGGCACCACGUCGGCGCGCGCCCCGCGCCUGCUCACCUACGCCAUCCCCCCGGGCGAGGCCUCCAAGAGCCGCGAGACCAAGGCCGAGAUCGAGGACUGGAUGCUGGAGCAGCAGUGCACCCGCGACACCGUCAUCAUCGCCCUGGGUGGCGGCGUCAUUGGCGACAUGAUCGGCUACGUCGCCGCCACCUUCAUGCGCGGCGUCCGCUUCGUUCAGGUGCCCACCACGCUGCUGGCCAUGGUCGACUCGUCCAUUGGCGGCAAGACCGCCAUCGACACCCCGAUGGGCAAGAACCUGAUCGGCUCCUUCUGGCAGCCCCGCCGCAUCUACAUCGACCUGGCCUUCCUCGACACCCUGCCCGCGCGCGAGUUCAUCAACGGCAUGGCCGAGGUCGUCAAGACGGCUGCCAUCUGGGAUGCUGCCGAGUUUACCGCCCUCGAGGAGAACGCCCAGGCCAUUCUGUCCGCCGUCCGCCGCCCGUGCUCCGCCGAGAGACUCCUCCCGAUCCGCGAUAUCCUCAAGCGCAUCGUCCUGGGCUCUGCCCGCGUCAAGGCCCACGUGGUCUCGUCUGACGAGAAGGAGGGCGGGCUGCGCAAUCUCCUGAACUUUGGCCACUCCAUCGGCCACGCCUUUGAGGCCAUCCUCACGCCCCAGGUUCUCCAUGGCGAGGCUGUAGCCAUUGGCAUGGUCAAGGAGUCCGAGCUGGCCCGCCACCUGGGCAUCUUGCGCCCUGCCGCCGUCGCCCGCCUGGCCAAGUGCAUAGCCAGCUACGACCUGCCCACGUCGGUUGAUGACAAGCGCGUGGUCAAGCUGACGGCCGGCAAGAAGUGCCCCGUCGACGUCCUGCUGAACAAGAUGGCCGUCGACAAGAAGAACGACGGCAGGCAGAAAAAGAUUGUACUGCUCUCCGCCAUUGGCAAGUGCCACGAGCCCAAGGCAAGCAGCGUCGACGACGGCGCCAUCCGCGUUGUCCUCUCCCCUGCCGUCCGCGUCACCCCCGGCGUACGCCCUGGCCUCAAGGUGGACGUCACCCCGCCCGGUUCCAAGAGCAUAUCCAACAGGGCUCUUGUACUGGCCGCCCUCGGCACGGGGCCUUGUCGCAUCAAGAACCUCCUGCACUCGGACGACACGGAGCACAUGCUGAACGCCAUCGGUCGGCUGCGCGGCGCCACCUGCUCGUGGGAGGACGACGGCGAGGUGCUGGUUGUCGAGGGCCGCGGCGGUCAGCUGGUCGCCAGCCAGGAAGAGCUCUAUCUUGGAAAUGCGGGCACCGCUUCGCGCUUCCUCACCACCGUUGCCGCUCUGUGCUCGCCCGCCGAGGACGGAAGUGCCUCCUCCACAGUGCUGACCGGUAACGCACGCAUGAAGGUGCGCCCCAUCGGCGCACUCGUGACCGCCCUGCGCUCGAACGGCAUUGGCAUCACCUACCUGGGCAAGGAGAACAGCCUGCCGGUCCGCGUCGAUGCGGCAGGCGGCUUUGGUGGUGGCGUCAUCGAGGUGGCCGCAACCGUGUCGUCCCAGUACGUGUCAUCUCUGCUCAUGGCAGCGCCGUAUGCCAAGGAGCCCGUGACCUUGCGUUUGGUCGGCGGCCACCCCAUCUCGCAGCCUUACAUCGACAUGACCAUCGCCAUGAUGCGGUCAUUCGGCAUCGAGGUGGAGCGCUCCGCGACCGAGGCCAACACAUACCACAUUCCUCGGGGUGUCUACACCAACCCGGCCGUUUACACGGUCGAGAGCGAUGCCAGCUCGGCUACCUACCCCCUGGCGGUUGCCGCCAUCACCGGCACAACCUGCACGAUCCCCAACAUCGGGUCGGGAUCGCUCCAGGGUGAUGCCCGGUUCGCAAUCGAGGUGCUGCGGCCCAUGGGCUGCUCAGUCGAACAGUCGGAAACUUCGACUACCGUCACAGGCCCGCCCAUCGGACAACUCAAGGCUAUCCCGCAUGUUGACAUGGAGCCCAUGACCGACGCCUUCCUCACUGCUUCGGUCUUGGCCGCUGUGGCUAGCGGCACCACCAAAAUCACGGGCAUCGCCAACCAGCGCGUCAAGGAGUGCAACCGCAUCGCGGCCAUGAAGGACCAGCUUGCAAAAUUCGGCGUGCACUGCAGCGAGCUCGACGACGGCAUCGAGGUAACGGGGAGGCCUUUGAAGGAGCUCUCGCAGCCCGCCGGCGGAGUCUACUGCUACGACGACCACCGGGUAGCCAUGAGUUUCGGCGUCUUGUCCAUUGUCGCCCCCCAGCCAACCCUGAUUCUGGAACGCGAGUGCACUGGGAAGACGUGGCCGGGGUGGUGGGAUGUGCUCUCUGGGUCCUUUGGAGUGGCCAUGGACGGUGAAGAGCCUAGUGAUGCCGCAUCCGGCCACGAAGCCCCAUCAGCGAAGCCCGACGACGGUUCGAUCUUCGUCAUUGGCAUGAGGGGCGCCGGCAAGACCACAGCCGGCAAGUGGAUGGCCGCCAUGAUGGGCCGUACCUUUGUAGACCUCGACACGGAGCUGGAGCGGGUGCAUGGGAUGACCAUUCCCGACAUGAUCCGCGGGGACCUUGGUUGGCCAGGCUUCAGGGCAGCCGAGCUCGCGCUGCUUCACGACGUCAUCAGCAGCAAGUCUCGCGGCUAUGUAUUCUCUUGCGGCGGCGGGAUUGUCGAGGCGCCAGAGGCCCGUGAGGCUCUUGUCUCGUACUGUCGCGCUGGCGGGCGCGUCCUGCUCGUCCACCGCGACACGGAACGUGUGGUCGAGUAUCUCAACCGCGACAAGACUCGCCCGGCCUGGACGGAGCAGAACGAGGCCGUCUACAUGCGCCGCAAGCCGUGGUACCGGGAGUGCAGCAACCUAGAGUACCACAGCCCGCAUCUGGAUGUGGUAAGCGAUGCAGCGGAACCACCUGCUGACUUUGCACGUUUUGUGGCCCUGUUGAGCGGCAAGAGCUCGCACCUCAAGGAGGCCAAGGCCAAGCCGCACUCCUUCUUUGUCUCGCUGACGGUGCCCAACAUUGGGGCGUCUGCCGAUAUCAUCCCUCGCGCCGUUGUCGGCUCUGAUGCCGUCGAGCUGCGCGUCGACCUGCUUGAAGACCACUCGCCCGAGUUCGUGACCAAGCAGGUUGCUCUGUUACGCUACGUCUGCAACCUGCCCAUCGUCUUUACGGUGCGCACUGCUUCGCAGGGUGGGCGCUACCCAGACGACAACUACGAGGGCGCUCUAACGCUCUACCUCCUCGCCAUCCGCCUGGGCGUCGAGUACGUGGACGUGGAGAUGACCAUGCCGGACGACGUGAUCGAGAAGACCACGCAAGCCAAGGGCAAAACGAGCAUCAUAGCUUCGCACCACGACCCCAAGGGCACCCUGUCGUGGCGCAACGGGUCUUGGAUUCCCUUCUACAACAAGGCGCUGCGUCACGGUGAUGUCGUCAAGCUUGUCGGUUGGUCUCGCGGCGACGACGACAACUUUGCUCUCGCCGGCUUCAAGGCGCGCAUGUCCUCGGCCCACAAGAACACACCCUUAAUCGCACUCAACAUGGGCGAGGCGGGCAAGCUGAGCCGUGUCUUGAACGGGUUCCUGGCGCCCGUCACACAUUCUUGCCUCACUGCGGCUGCCGCCCCUGGACAGCUGUCGGCGGCCGAGAUCCGACGAGGCCUUCACCUCCUGGGCAAGCUCCCGCGCCGCCGCUUCCACCUCUUUGGCAAGCCCAUCUCAAAAUCCAGAUCGCCAGCGCUGCACAACACCCUUUUCGAGCAGAACGGCCUCCCGCACAUCUACUCCAAUUUCGAGACCGACGUGGCGUCUGAGAUGCAGGAGCUUAUCCGGGCCCCCGAUUUUGGCGGCGCCUCGGUUACGAUUCCGCUCAAGCUCGGCGUCAUCCCACUCCUAGACGAGGUGAGCGACUCUGCCAAGACAAUCGGCGCAGUGAACACCAUCAUCCCGACGCAGCAGCCAGACGGAAGUGUCAGGCUCGUCGGCGAAAACACCGACUGGCGGGGCAUGGCGCUGUGUCUGCGCUCCAGCGGCGUCGUGCGCCCGCCAUCGCCGCGCCCUGCCGUGGUCCUGGGAGCCGGGGGGACGGCACGCGCUGCGAUAUUCGCGCUCCACUCGCUAGGGUUCGCCCCCAUCUACGUGGUCGCGCGCAGCGCGGCCAACGUCGAGACCAUGGCGUCCAGCUUCCCCAGCGAGUACGACAUCAAGCACCUUUGCGAGCCCCUGACAAGGUUGGACCAGGCGCCGCCCCAGGUGGCGAUAUCCACCAUCCCCGCGGACAAGGCGACGGAUCCCGGCAUGACGGACGUCUUCAAGUCGGUGCUCAGCCUCGCCCCGGCCGCCGGCACGCGCGUGCUGCUAGAGAUGGCCUACUUCCCGCCCGUCACGGCCAUGAUGGAGCUCGCCGAGGCGAGCGGCUGGGCCACCGUCCCGGGGGCCACGGUGCUGGCUGCCCAGGGCAAGUACCAGUUCGAGCUCUGGACAGGGGUCGCGCCCCUGAUUGAGGACUGCAAGUCGAUUGUGUUGGGCACGACCUCGUCGGCUUGAUUGGUUUGCGCGCUGGCUGUGCGGGACGCGGACGGCGGCGGAGGAGGAAGGUGGGGGGGUGCUCUAGGCUGGCUCGCCACGAAGGCCGCACAAAAAGGAGGAUCGGAUAUUAGGGAUUUCGGGUAGAACAAAUUCCAAUCAGAGCACAAGAAGGAACAAUCAUGGUACCCAAGCAGGCAAAAGGUUGAACAAGUCGAUGGUGACACCUCUCUACUUUGGCAAUACAUGCGAGGUGACCUCGGUCUUGUAAAAGAAUGCGAAUCCAAAAGUCGAUGCUGGCGGUUUAUAAAUGUUACAAUAUACAGAAAAGUAGCAUGUGUAACAUGAGCCUGAUCUGGCGCCUGGGCAGCCCUUGCACACAUGCCUGCAACGCCGAACCCAGACAAGACGCGCGCGCGCCAACAAGCCAAACAGGACAUUCAUUACCCCCUCCCAAAUACGCUCCUCUCAUCCCCCUUCCUUUUUCUAAUUCCUUAUUGCUUCAGAACCCAAAGCUGUCCAGGAGCGAGUUGGAGUCGGGCUCCUCAAAGACGCUGGGCGGGGGCUGGUGGGCGCCGCCCCUGGCCGCGGCGCGCCGCUCCGUGGGCGAGAGCGGGGCGACGGGCAUGUCGGCCACGACGAGCGAGCUGCGGCGGCGGAGGAGCUUGAGGGGGUCGAUGUCGCCGCCCAGGCCGGGGGUGGCGCGGCUGGAGC